UGGCCACACACUGGCGAUCCUCUAGCAUAAGAACAUUGCUUUUGCAGGGUGAAGUAACAGGGAGCCAAUCAUUAGCCUGUAUUUUACUUUCUGACUGCUGAAAACACCAUUUCUUUAAAUAUCUGAAUAUUUGACUGUAUGGUCAACUCUACAACCAGAGACUCCAGCUCAUGAAGGAUGCAAAGAUGGCAGUUAAGUACCAAGCCUCUACUGUGACAAACUUUGAAUGUGACAACAGCAAAAUUGACUACAAGCAACCUUUUUUGGAUGGCAGCAAGCUUCGUAAUUCAGUUCAUGCAUUGAGAAACAACCCUAUCCGAGUUGCGACACUGUGCCUCGCCCUGCUGUGUGCUCUCCUAUUGGCUGGACUCAUAGGUCAGAGUGUUCACCAUCAAAAAGUAGAACAAGAUCAACAGAACAAGUUAACAACCAUGAGUAAAGCCAAAGAGGAUCUACAGGACCAACUGAAGGUCGAGCAAAGACAGAAAAGGGAUCUUGAGACCAUUCGAAAUGAUUUGGAGAUGACGAACAAUUACUUCUUAAGAAGGAAAGACCAGCUGCAGACCAAUAACAAUUUACUGACUGAAGAAAAAAAACAACUUCAACUUAGUCAAAGUCAGUUACAGGCCAGUCAUGAUGGUUUAAACAAAGAGGUGGAACAGCUAAAAGCCAGUAUAGACCAGUUGCAGACUACCAAAAAUGCCUUGUUUAAAGACAAAGACUUGUUACAAAUGCAAUUUGAUCUUGUCCUCAAACGCAAAAAUGAGCUCCAUGUGAGUUAUGACUCGGUGACUAAAGAAAGGGACAAUUUGCAGGAUGUAUUCCAUAACGUAAGCAGAACAAAAGGUGAGCUUCGAACGAGCUACAUGAAACUCAUUGAAGAAGUAGAACAUUUGCAAGAAAGACACAACUUCACUGCCUAUGAAAAAGACGAGGCAGCGAGCAGUCACCAAAACCUGCUGGAUGAAGUCCUCAAGCUGAAGGAAGAAUGCGACACUCUUAAAAUACAAGAAGAUCUUUUGACACAAAAAUUUGGGAAAGCGAUGUCAAACUACACUGAGUUUAAAUGUAAUAAUCAAACUAAAGAAAGAGAGAGAUUGCAGAAAAUGAAUGAAGAACUGACCGAAGAAAGAUCCCUGCUGCAAAUCGGAGUGGACAGUCUGAACGCAACCCUUGACAAAACGGCAUGCAAAAUGGGCUGGAGGAAAUUUGAGUCCAGCUGCUUCUUCACUUCUGUUGUCAAGAAAACAUGGACUCUAGCCAGAGAAUACUGCCAAAACAACGGAGCAGAACUGGCAAUCAUCACAAGCCAAAAGGAAAUGAGAUUCGUCAAUGGCUUGUAUAGAAGUGACCAAGAAGUUUGGAUUGGCCUGACCGAUAAAGGAGUUGAGGGGAAGUGGGAAUGGGUGGAUGGCACACCAAUGACUACAACGUUCUGGGGUAAAGGUCAGCCUAAUAGCCAUAGCGGGAGGAACCAGGACUGUGUUGAAUUCUGGCACCGAGCAUUAGGAGUGGGUGAAUGGAAUGAUGAGAACUGUAAGAUAUUACAAUAUUUUAUCUGUGAAAUUUAAUGUUAACGUUAGGAGAAAUCAUGUGAUCAUUUGCACAGAAUGAAACACAACAUUCAUAGAGUGGCGUACGAUGAGUAAUGUACUAUGGAGUUAGCAGAUGGCCUGUGUGGAGCUGGCGUUGAUACAGAUGGAUGUAGGUUGUUUAGAGCAAACUGCUUGGUUAAUAGGGGACUGAGAUUCCAAUCGAAGUGUGUGAUUACUGUAUGAAUUAAUCAUAUUUCUACAUAACUAAUAAAGGAUGACAUUUGUUUGUGCUUUACCCACAUGUGGAGGAUGGAGUUUCCACAUGUUUUAAAGUUUAAUCACCAGAAUAAAGGCAGGGUUGGUCAUUUUCUCCAGAUACAUUUUUUAAGAUUUAGGUUGAAAUUGUCUUUAGGUCCUGACAGAAAUUAAUAACUCAUGUGCUCUGAAAAAGGAACGAAGAUAAUCCGUCAUCUGUAGCAGUUUUAAGCCUGUAAAGACCUCGACCAAUGUCUGCCACGAGGUACCAAUUUAAUGAACCAAUCAUGCUUCCCUGUCUCCCUGCCUGUUCUCUACCCCUUGUGUUCACUAGCCCAAACACAAAGUGUGUCACCGAUGACAGAGUUUAAACAUUGAGUUUGUCGUUGGCCUUUGUCAGUUGUAAAAGGUUAAUGUUUACUUACCACUCAAUGAGACAUGAGACUCAUGCAUGUAAGUGAGGGGGCGUGGCUUUUGAGUGAGCACAGAGGGGAGGGGGUGUAGACAAAGCACUGAGGGAAUGCUACUUUCAAAAUCAUGCUAGUUUCCAAAAAUGACCAACCCUGCUUUUAAUGCUUAUGCAAAGAGUACUUUUCCUUUUGUGCUUUUGAUGGAGCAGCUUAAACUCAGCUUGCAAACAUGGUCAAAUAUGUCUUUUGAAUGAUUUCUUCACAUGUUUUUGUUUUUAAUGUCCCUGUAGUGUUUUUUUAGUGAUUCUUGUGAGAUCAGAAAGGGUGAACACACACAAUGUAAUGUUCUCUACGGCUCUUUUUAAAGUUUAAAACAAAUCUGUAUGGGUUGGAUUUAAAGAUGCGGGGACAGGAAAAGGUCUUUCUUAUAACAGACGUUGUUGUGUUGCAUUAUGGGAAGUGUAGUAUUUAUGUUUUCGGAUCUUGAAUAAUACUAGGGGACCAUAAUAAGGAAUGAUUACUCAGCCUCUGAAGCUGAAACAUUUUCAGUUGAUUUUGUCAUCAGUCUAUUUUCAGUCCCAAUCUUCUGGGAAGAAUAAUCAAAAUCAAAGCGGUAGCCAACUCAUUUACAUAAACUGUUUACUUUCUGGUGACUUUCCUCUCUUGCUGUACAUUAUACUUAAUCUUAAAAAUGUAACUCCAUUCUCUUCUUCAUAAAUACCAUUACAUUAGGUGUAGUCUACAUGUAGAAUUUUUCUGUUUUAACCAUUCAGUUAUAAGGACCUCAAUGACACGUCAAUCAUUUGAAAACUAUUUACCUUUACCAAAUAUGUUGGGAUAUUUUAAUGAUGGUUCAUCAAAACAAUAAAAACAUUUUGCUCACAAUCUUA